UUCUAUUUCUAUGGUGGAUUCUAUUUGGCAUUACUUGUUCACCCCCCUACACUGCCCGCACCUGCAACUUUCUUGGUCACUCCCAUCAUGGGUAGAGAGAGGGAAAGUGUUGUUUGCGACGGAUAGCAGAACUCAUGGGCUACUUUAGCCAAGCAAGGUUUCCUGCUGUCACAGAUAGAGUGAUCCAAUAUUACCGACACCGACUUUGGUCAACCCUUCGCAAUUGAAAGGAUAUCUAUCAAUAGUGUUCAUAUUCUUGAUUUGUAGGGUACGGCUUUGGUAUCAUUGCCUUCCGUUUCCUCCGUUGCGAUUGCAGGACGGCCUUUUCCAUUGUUAAAAAUCCCUUCGUUCGCUCCGAACGGCACGCUUGCAUUGUGCCGUUUGACAGCACACGUGGGCAGUUGCAGCCAACAAAGGGUUUCUUUGUCCCAGGUCAACAAAUUUGGUUUUGCCAUUGUUGUUGUCAAAGUUGUUUGUUGUUUGCGCUGCCGCCGCCGUCGCCGCUGUUCUCGUCGUCGUCAUUGCUGCUGUUUUCGUCGUCAUCAGUGCUGUUCUUGUUGUCACCACAGACAGCACCAACUCAACCAAUCCCAACCAAUGUAAAAACAAACACAGCCAAUUGCUUCCCAGCCGGACAACUUUGAUCACGGUUCCCGCAGUUAAUAUUUUUAGGACGUGGUUUUCGUCAUACCAUCUUCUGUUCUGAUCAUUGCAACUGCGUUCCAAGAAAAAAAACUUGCGGGCAAAAACAGCUUGUUCGCGUCGUGAAUUUUUCCGAAGGUGUCAACUCCAAUUUCCCAUCCAUGUUACACAGCAUAUGUGUAUUUUCGGUUUCUGUUGAAAUUUUCUGGCUUUUCACGUCUAAUGGGGUUCAGAUUUACGUUUACGAGAGCAAUACGGGUGUUGUCCGCGAGCUGCGCGAUCUUCUCGACGAGAAUGAGCAGGAUGUUCCCCGUUGGCUCAAUGAAAUGUGCCAGUUUAGUGGCGGCCGUAGUAGCGGCGGAGGUGGUCGAGGAGGAGGCGGCCGUCGUGGCGGCGGUGGCGGAGGUUUUGGCAGUCGUGAUGUACGCAGCAAAAGUGGCAAUGAUCGUGGACAAGGCGGCAGCAGUGGCUACGGUGGCGGAGGCUACGGAGGUGGCGGCUACGGCCGAGGAGGCGGCUAUGGUGGUGGUGGUAACUUCGGAGGCGGCGCCUGGUAAGCAUGGUAAGUAUAGUCCAUAUUCUUUUUCUUGGUAGUCCAGUAAAAAAUGAGUGUAGACUGUGUGAAGAGAAAUCUGAAGCGCCGUGAGACUAUCAAAAUUUGCGCACGGAUGCUUUGGAAAAU